CGCCAUGUGGUUAAUCGUCAUCUCUCUGUCCAUUCUCUCUCUCUCUCUCUCUCUCUCUAAACGAUCGCUAUCUUGAGAAAAAACGAUGACUUCGUUGUCGCUGUCAAGCAAUCCGGUUGUAGCUGAAGAAAGACCGUCUACAGAUCUUACAGAGACGACUACGGUGACUUCGGAAGCUCCAGAGAAGAAGGUGAGGAAAGCUUACACCAUCACCAAGUCCAGAGAGAGUUGGACUGAAGGAGAGCACGACAAGUUUCUCGAAGCUCUACAAUUGUUUGAUCGUGACUGGAAAAAGAUUGAAGAUUUUGUAGGUUCAAAGACAGUAAUUCAGAUCAGGAGCCAUGCACAAAAAUACUUUUUGAAGGUCCAGAAGAACGGGACUUUAGCACACGUGCCACCCCCUAGGCCUAAACGCAAAGCUGCUCAUCCAUAUCCUCAAAAGGCAUCUAAGAAUGCUCAAAUGUCGCUUCACGUUUCGAUGGCAUUUCCUACUCAAAUAAAUAACGUGCCUGGCUAUACUUCAUGGGAUGAUGAUACCUCUGCAUUGCUUAACAUAGCCGUAAGCGAGGUUGUCCUACCAAAAGAUGAACUUGCUACUCUUUGUGGAGGAGAAGAUGUUAUUGAAUCGAAUGACUCAACAAGUGGGGGUAGUCCUUCAGAAUCUGGUAUAGGAAGCUCAAGCAGAACACUAUCAGAUUCGAAGACGGGGAAUCAAGCUCCCUCAAUGCACGGUCUUCCUGAUUUUGCUGAAGUUUAUAACUUCAUUGGGAGUGUCUUCGAUCCUGACAGCAAAGGCCGCAUGAAAAAGCUCAAGGAAAUGGAUCCUAUAAACUUCGAGACUGUUCUGCUACUGAUGAGAAACCUCACAGUGAACUUGGCAAACCCUGACUUCGAACCUGCUAUGUAAUUUAACCUUGAAAUAGUCUGAAUACUCUGAUGCUGCAGGGGAAUGUCCUGAACAAUUAAGCUCUUAGCGGGGCAGUGCGGGAACCCUGGUCAAGAACCAAACAAGUGAUAUAUCUUCUUGGGAACUUCUUUCUCACAACAACUGUUCCAACAGCUAUCAAAUGCUGCUUACGGUUGUUGUCUGAGGAGAACAUAGCAGACCGAGAGGGGAAUAUGGCAGUUUUGGUCAGAACCAGUUCCGUGAAUGGUAGAUCUCUAUAUGUGUGUGUAUGUAGUAAAAAUGAUAUCUAUUUAUUUGUUCAUGCCUUUUGUAAUUUAUAGUUACGUUUGUAUUUUUUUUGUUAUACAUAUACUGAAAUCAAAGGCAAAUGUAUCAGAAUAUCAGAUACCAAAUGCCACUAAA